CGUCAUCCUUCAGCCAGUCCUCCUCAGAUGGCGGAGGAAUCUCCAGGGAAUGCUUCCGGACAUGCACAGGCAUCUGGCUGCCUGUCCCAGCACCGGUGCAGUAAUCACAGCAGGUGCAGAAGAACGAAGAAUCGCACAAUAUCUACUUUCAUGAGAGCCACGCAGUACACGUGCAUGCUGCUGAGCUAUGUCAUAGAGCGUAAGGCCGAUAAGGAGGAGCUGGUGCUGAAGCUGAAGCAGCUGGAAGCCAGCAUGAGCUCUGGCCGCAAGAUGUUCAGACUGGGCAACACGGUGCAUGCCUUGGUAGCAGCCAGGAGAACUACGCAGCUGCCAGACGUGGUUCCUCGCGUCUGCCUUACGGCUUCCAACCUAACCCGUGCCCUGUACUUCGUCUGCGACACAGUUCUGUGGUUGAAGAGCGUUGGACUCCAGCCUGACAUCGAUGUGCCCAAGUGGCGGAACUGGGCCACCAAGUGCUACUACUUUUCACUGCUGAUGAACCUGGCCAGGGAUUGGUAUGAGGUCUCGUGGAGGCUGGAACAAGCUGUACAGGAAGAAAAGAUUAGAGAGAAUUCUUCCUGGGACAAACGAAAUCAGGAACUAAAUUAUUUGAAAUGUGAUGGUUUGCACGGUUUUUUCCUCCUCCUGUUUCAGAUACUUAAAAAUCAUCCUCCUCUGGUGCUAGACAUGGUGAAGAAUCUCUGUGAUCUCUCGGGUCCUUUGGAUACGCUAGGGAUCUACAAGACCAAUCCAGGAGUGAUUGGUUUCUGUGGCCUCCUCUCCUCUCUGGUGGGGAUCCUCACAUUAGCAAGCCCUCAUCUGAAGCUGAAACAGUGACGGAGAGGAACUGCACGGCAUGCAGUGAGCCAACAGCUUUGAACUUCUGACAGGUUUUGAUUCUUCUUAUGGCACUUUACAAAUGAAGAUAUCUCACAGUAACCUCAAGAUGAGUUUUGUCCUCUGAAUAAAUGAACUCCACCAUUGCUCCUUCCCUCUCUCUUUGCAGAUGAGUUUAGUGCCCAAUGGAGUGAAAAUGAGAGAAGACAGAAUAAUAUUGCACAAACAGAAACAGGACCUGGAACAUGGCUGCCAGAUAAGGAAAUACUGAUGAUCCUUUAUUACAGGAUCCUUUAUUACAGGGUUACGAAAUAGGUGCCUAGACUACUGCAAUAGGUAAUAGGACUCAUAAUUAAUCGUGUUUACACUGGAAAGCUAGAAUUCACCAAUCAGAGGUUCCUGCAGUCAAAUUUUCUACAGCGUGUUCAGUCAAGUUAGGAACUCUGCUUAAAUGGCCUGAAGUAAAGCCGGAGUGUUGUGAUGGGACUGGGUUGCUGAAUCCUGACGUCUGUGGGCAGUGGUUUGAUGAUAACAGAAGUGGUGUUUCCUGACCUUCCAGUGAUCUCUGUGUUACGUGAGCACACGCUGUUGACGCUAGACCUAUGGUCUGGUGAGUGCCAGCUUUGUCCCAGGGAAUCAGCACCUUCUACUUCUCCUUCAGUAAUGUGAGCCAAGGACUGCUGGACACUUACUCUGACUUUUCCAGCUGAGGACUUUGGUGAAGAACAGUGCCUGGGAAAAGCUGGUCUCAUUGCCGAUAAUGCUGUGAUUUGUAGGGAACUGCCUUUCCAAAGCUGUGAAUCUGGAACCUCUCCUGAGCACUACAUUUCCCAUUACACAUGCACCUUAACUCCCAAGCCCCCGCGAUUCUAAAUCCAACGAUUUUACAUUAAUCACAGUGUGGUAAGCAGCUUGUUCUUCUGUUUUAAUUUUACUUGAAAACAUCCAGUGUAAUAAGGAGCUUUGGAACCUGUAUUUAAGGAGAGAAGGCUGUCUUGGAGCUUGUUGAGUCAAGGGUGUGUUUCCAGUUGUGUAAGCUCCUGGAGGGAAGGGAAUGGAGUUGGACUUGAUCGUAUCUGAAUCUCCUCGAGAAGAGAAGCUUAUUACCUGGAUUUGGGCAUUCACAUUUCACAUUUUCCUUCUUGAUCCUCAUUAUCCUCCCAUCGCAACCACCAGAUUUCUUUUGCAUUCCCUCACUAGUUCUACCAUUGGAAAAUGCCUUGUAUUUGCCCUGUGACAGCGUAAUUGCUCUUCAGUUAUCUAGCUGGGAAUGAUUGCCUGGCACUGAUCUAGGUUAAAGGAGAAAUACAGUGUCCAACUGUCUCUCAGCUACAUGACGUGCAGCCUUUGUUGCUCCUGGCUUUGCAGAGUACACCAUCUGAGAAAAAUUUGCACAUCAUGUAGGAGACAAAAUUAUUGCUUUUCUUCAUCAGAACUCGGCCUGUGAGUUCUGUUGCUUUCAGAUUCAAGGACUCCAUGUUUCAUUUGUCAGGAGAUGUGAACAGAGAUUUCUCUAACGAGGACCAAGGUACUCUCUUAUUACUUCUGAUACUGUCUGUAAACAGAAAUUAAAAGGUGCUGGUCUCCUUUAUUAAAAGGAGAAGGCUGUGGAAUUGAGUAGGCAUGGUAAUGCAGUGCCCCAGUUUACCUUAAGUCGUUGUGGUCAUGCCUGGAAUCACUUCCACUUUGAAUCUGAAGUCGUAGGCUGCCAAUGAAGUGUUUGAAAAAAGAGGUUGCUGAGCAGGAUAAUUAAGUGUGUCUGCAGACCAAACGUGGCCUGCAGCAGCUCUUCUUUUUAAUAUGGAAAUGAACACCAUUAAAAGCAGAGCGCACUGGCAGUUCAGACCAUAAUGGAUAUGUUGCCUUCAAGGGCUUCCUCCUGGUACCCUUUUUAACAAUGGGGUUGUUUUGUUCCUUUACUCCCUUUGCCUUUGAGAUGCUGGCCAUGUGUGACCCAUCCCUCCCUUGGUCAGACUGAUCAUUAUCCUAGCGUGCAGCAACCCCUACACCCUCUUAAUUCCUCUCCUAAGGAGAAGAAUCUCGAUGACCUGGCAGUGGAGGUUUGCCUACCCUUUGCUUACAGAAUUUUGUCUUCCUGCAAGAAACUGCAUUAUGAAUUUGUCUCAGGGGACCUCUUGGAUACAAAAUAGAUUUUCCACUGUUUUACAAGCUGAUUCCUCUUUUUCCCGUGUAGUUCAUAGGUAAAGGGAAGUAGAUUAACUUGCUGAUGUGGCCCCUGGCCAGAUAUACCUCGCUCUGCCCUCUGCAGAGGGAUUAGUGUGAGUUUUUUGCCCUUGUGCCAAGCAAACACUAUGCAAAGCCACAAGCCAGUUCUUGAUGUUUCUCCUGGGGGGACUGGGGUGGAUUAACAAGUACAGACUUAACCUGGGAGAUAGGGCAAUGAAUUUUCAGCAUUUCUCAGCCUUACCUGCCCCAUUCUGUAUAGAACAGGUCGGAGCAUACAGGAGUAACUUUACUAGAUGUUAAGCACUAACACUUGCCUUUCUGCUCCCCAGCUGGAGGCAGGUAAUUUAAUGUACUUUAAUGUGAUGUAACUGAAGCCAUAGAAUCAUGAUCAAUGGAGAAGAUCCUUUUAGUGCCUUUUCUUUGUGUUUCUAAUACAGCAGUUGGAAUAAGGACAGCUGUUUGAACACAAGCAAUAAACUUAUCUAAGAAUGACA